UGGCCUUCUCGACGCGACCGCUGCCGUCGGCCGGACUGAUGGCAGUCUUGCAGUCGUUCUGCGAGGGAGGGGUCAGGGAUGAGGACGGGUUCGACACGUUUCCCAACUCAACUUUGGCGAAAUUCUUGUCAAAUCUGAACGAUUUGGCGAAGAAGAAGAACUUUAUAAUCCGUCGCGGGUUUGAGCCCAAAGAGCUCGAGUCCAUACCCCGUAUAUACAAGUCCAUCAUCGAAGACCCCAUUGCCAUACACUCGCAGUUCCUAAGAGCGGGCCGUUUUCGGCUGAGGGAUCUGUUCAAUGAUAGCGCACACUUCGCCCACUAUCUACGACAUGAGCCGUACCUGCGGUUCACCGACGGUCAGGUGAACGCCCUGUACGACACGGGUCUCAAUAUGCAACGCAUCCACGACACACUCUUCGGCAUAGAGGCCGCCAUUCCCAACGGCCAGCCGUUCAGUCUAUACGACUUUAUGCGACUGAAUCAGUUGCACGACUCGAAGAUCUUCGGCGCCAUGGCCUGGAUGUUCAACGUGUACAGUAAGGGCGCGCUCACUGUCGACGCCGACACGUUUGCCAAAGAGGCGGCCGAUAUACUCAUCACCAAAGACUCGGUGCGCGGCUUCUUCUGCCUCAACGACACUACCUCUGGUGCACUCGUGUCGCCAUUCAUACGGCCAGCGAAUGCCGAUUAUGACCGCGAUUUCGGUGCCGUUUCCCACCAUUUGUGCGAAACACUGACCGACACUCAGUUACGGGACUUAACACAUAAGGUUCGCGAGCACUUUGACGAGAGUAAGAUCCGGGAUCUGUUGGCCAAAGACUGGGACUAUCGGGCGGCCAAACGGCGGAUCAAUCAGUUCUUCGGCGAUCUCAACAAGUUUGCUGUGUUUGAGGUGACACUCAAAGAGUUGUCCCAAAUCGCGGUGUCUCUGCCCAACGAUGUCUGCAAAAACAGCACCAGUAAUGACACCAUCGGUUCCGUUGACGGCGCCAACGAAGACCUGACCAAUAGUGGCCACAACGAGACCGCGUCGGAGACACCCGACCAACAGAAGAAGAAUAACAUCGAGGGUUUGGUGCGAGUGUUCCUGAAGAUGCAGGAGACUAUAUGCGGACCCAAACCGGACCCAAAGCCCGACAAAAAGCACUCGUCCAACGAUACGGAUCCGCACGAAGACCCGGACGACGAGCCGGUGAACCAAUUCAUCAACGAUCAGAAGAUGUUGUUGAAUAUGUUGUACUCGAACCCAACCAUUUUGUACGCGCCGAACGGCACCGGAUCCGCCGCCCAAAAGAUCAUACAGCGGGCGAACCAGACCUUUGACCUGUUGGACAGAGUGACAAACUAUGCGCACAUACUGUUGAAUGUGUCCCAAGAGAUCGAGGACUACCUGAACCGCAACGACACUCAACACCAGUUCGAGACCGUCCGCAAGAUUCGCGAAGACAUUCUCCAUUUGCCGAAGAUAUUCCGCUUUUUGGAUUUGGCGCACGGCUUGGAACUGUUGAACCGCUCGAUCAGCGUUGGCGGCGAUUUGGACGAGUUUAAGGCCGAACUGCGGCUAAUACGUGAGGCCGCAUGCAGUUGGCUGUCGUUGACCAAAGAUAUCUCGCUCAACGUCUUCCGCGGCUUCGCCUCCGAGAAGGAUCUGAUCCAUUACUUUCAAAAACAGGCCUAUUUUGAUAACAUUACGGUCGUCGCCAGUGUGAUCUUUGACAUCGACCCGAACUCGACUUCAUUGCCACCGCAUAUAACAUACAAAAUACGCCAAAACGCGACAUUCACUCAGACAACAGCCAAAAUACGGGACCGAUUCUGGUCUCCGGGCCCGUCCUGGAGCUACAGUUACUAUAAGUUCGGUUUCCUAUGGAUUCAGGACAUACUCGAGCGGGCAAUGGUCAGCCUUCAGACCGAUCGGGAUGUGUCAGAACCGGGCACUUAUUUGCAUCAAAUGCCGUACCCGUGCUAUAUAUCUGAUGAGUUCCUGUUCAUAAUCAGUCACGUGAUGCCCCUCUGUAUGGCCAUAUCGUGGGUGUACUCCCUAUCGAUGUUAGUCCAGUCGGUGGUCUACGAGAAGGAGCAGCGGCUGAAAGAGGUGAUGAAGACUAUGGGACUGAACUCGUUGGUCCAUUGGUUGGCCUGGUUUAUCACCUCAUUCACCCAGAUGUCCAUCACUAGUGUGGUGCUCACACUAAUACUCCGUUACGGUCUGGUGUUGACCUAUUCCAACCCAGUCAUCGUAUUCCUCUACAUCGAGAUCUUUGUCAUCGCCAACAUUGUCUUUUCAUUCCUGAUAUCGGUGUUGUACUCGAAGGCCAAGUUGGCGGCGGCGUGCGCUGGUAUCAUCUACUUCUUGACAUACGUCCCGUGCAUGUAUCUGGCCGUCCGCGAGGAGACCGCCAACGAUAAG